CCGUGUUUGUAUUUCCAGCUCAAGUUAUUUCAGCUUUUAUCAGUAAACAUAGUCCAACUCAACGGGACUGAACCACGGGCAUCAACAUGGCCUUUCAAGGGUCUGAGGGAUUGGAAGAGGAGAUCGAGGAGCCCGAGGACACGCUGAGAGUUUCCCCGGCUGAGGAAAUGCCCGCCGAUGGGCCUCCGAUAGCAGAGGAGCCGGAGCCGCUACUAUUGCCAUGGGAUCGCUUCUCCACAUGGCUGCACUGCAUGUGCGUGGUCGGCUUCGAUCUGGAGCUCGGGCAAGCCGUGGAGGUGAUUUACCCUCACCAUUCAAAACUGACUGAAAAAGAGAAAACAAGUAUAUGCUACCUGUCAUUCCCUGACUCCAAUUCAGGUUGUCUUGGCGACACACAGUUCUGCUUCCGUUUCCGACAGGCGACCGGGAGGAAGUCAUCACUUGGAUGUUUCCUUGAACACUUUGAACGGGAUGCGCCAGUCUGUCUCAAGAGAGAUCAGGGCUAUUACUAUGGCUAUGUAUACUUCAGACAGGUGAGGGACAAAUCGCUGAAGAGGGGCUACUUUCAGAAGUCUCUGGUCCUUAUCAGUAAACUUCCAUAUGUGACAUUUUUCCACUCGUUACUGAAGCUCAUCGCCCCAGAAUACUUUGAGAAGCAGGAACCGUGUUUAGAGGCUGCUUGCAAUGACAUCGACCGCUGGCCCACGCCGUGCCCCGGAAAGAUUCUUACGCUCCCCAUCAUGGGUGUUGUCAUGAAGCUCCGCAUCCCCACGUGUUACGACAAGCCUGGAACCUCACAGCUCGUUCAGUCCGCACUGAGUGACAGUCUGGUGUCCAUUGUUCUACCGACGGUUCAUGAAGUCGAUCUCUUCAGGUGUUUCUAUCCAGUUUUCUUUCAUAUUCAGAUGUUAUGGGAGCUUGUGUUGCUAGGUGAAGCGUUGAUUGUCAUGGCGCCAUCACCAGCAGAAUCUUCAGACACUGUGCUGGCAUUGGUCAGUUGUAUUUCUCCUCUGCGUUACUGCAGUGACUUUCGGCCAUAUUUCACCAUUCACGACAGUGAGUUUAAGGAAUAUACCACUCGAACACAAGCACCGCCCUCAGUCAUUUUAGGAGUGACAAACCCGUUUUUCGCCAAAACUCUUCAGCACUGGCCACACAUCAUCCGGAUAGGAGACAUGAAGCAAACAGGCGAAAUGGCCAAACAGAUGAAGGUGAAAAAACUGAAGAAUCUCAAGACUUUGGAUUCAAAACCUGGUGUGUACAGUGCAUAUAAACCGUUCCUGAACAAAGAUGAGGACAUAAUCAAACAACUUCAGAAGGGAAUACAGCAGAAGCGUCCUUCUGCUGCCCAAAAUGCAAUUCUGCGGCGGUAUUUCCUGGAGCUGACACAGAGUUUCAUCAUACCACUGGAGCGGUAUGUGGCCAGUCUAAUGCCUCUUCAGAAGAGCAUCUGUCCUUGGAAAAGUCCUCCUCAGCUGAGGCCAUUCAUUCAGGAGGACUUUAUGAAGACUCUAGAGAAAGCCGGACCUCAGCUGACCUCUCGACUCAAAGGAGACUGGAUCGGCCUGUACAGACAGUUCCUGAGGUCUCCAAACUUCGACGGCUGGUUCAGAAACCGCAGGAAGGAGAUGACACAGAAGCUGGAAGCUCUUCAUCUGGAAGCUCUCUGUGAGGAAGAUCUACAGCUGAGGAUCCAGAAGCACAGUGAGGUGGAGAAUGUUGAUCUGGUGCUCAAACUGAAGGAGAAACUGACACAGGCAGAAAGAGAUCAACUUCCUGUCAAAACAGGAACUAUGGCCAAACUACAGACCCAUAUUGAGGCGAUAAUCCUGUCGCUUCCAGAAGACCUGCAGGGCAUCUUACACAAACCGCCGAGUCCCUGACCCUCACACAACACUGAGACUGACCAGACUGAGGCAUAUACAGGGUCAAAAGACACAAACACCCUCCAGUUCCACACAUGAGGGACAGACUGCGUCAAGUGCACUUGAUUCUGGAAAUCUGAAUGACAAUGCUGGCAUUGCCAAACAACAGAAAUGGCAUACACGACGCACACUCAUUGUGGACAUUUUUGAUGUGUUUAUACUGUAAGUCUCACUGUGUGAGACUGACAUUCCCAUUUAUUUUAAACAUGAUGAUGCUUUAAUGUUCUAAACAUGGAAUCAAGAUUUUGAAUGUCCGGCGUUUAUAUUCACGCUUACAGUGGAUAAGGAAACGGGAAGUUUAUUUAAACGGCUGAUGAACUGAUGAAACCCUGUAGUCUGAACAUUUAUCCAUUGAAUCUAUUUGGGUGAGUCUCAUGAAACCUGUCAAGAACAUGUCUGGGUGAUAUUCACCCCAA